CAGUAGCUUUUCUGAGAGAGGGAGAGGAGCUGACAGCGUUUAUCAGCACAGGACUGCUGUUGAACAAUACCAAAUAACCAGCACAUUGCCACAAGCUGCGGCGCUUUCGAAUGUGCCACCCACUUCUCCCACUUAAACUAUUUUUUUUUUGCCACAACAGCCGAAAAAUGUAUUUGGCUAGCAGUUGGCUCACCAUAGAUGACUGUAAUGGGCUUAGCUAUUUUUUGUUAGUUUGAAUGGCCAUCGUCUUUAUUAGAACUUUAUUAGUUCUAUUUUCUAAUAUAAAACCAGUUCCAUAUUUAUUUGUUAAGAAACCUAUUUUAGCUUGAAUUUCUCAAAUUAUUAGUUUAACAGCUAAGUAAUUGAAAUCUAGAUCCACAUAGUUCAUUCCAAAGUGUUUUCACUCAGGUAGCAGUAAUGGAAUCCACUACACCAGUAUCCUUUAUUACUGUGACCACAGAAGCAUUACCGGUAGAGUCCACCCUAUCUGCUUAUCUGUGGCUGCUGAUUUUGGGCUUCAUCAUUGCCUUUAUCUUGGCUUUUUCUGUCGGAGCCAAUGAUGUGGCUAACUCGUUCGGCACAGCAGUGGGUUCUGGAGUGGUGACACUGCGCCAGGCUUGCAUCCUCGCUACCAUCUUCGAGACAAUAGGAGCAAUUCUACUGGGGGCCAAAGUCAGUGAGACGAUUCGAUCGGGAAUCAUUGACAUCAACAUGUACAAUGGCUCUGAGCCGUUACUGAUGGCCGGCUCCAUCAGUGCAAUGUUUGGGUCUGCUGUUUGGCAGCUGGUGGCUUCUUUUCUGAAGCUCCCGAUCUCUGGAACACACUGCAUCGUUGGAGCAACGAUUGGCUUUUCUAUGGUUGCUAGGGGAUACCAAGGGGUCAGAUGGCUGGAACUGCUACGUAUCGUUGCUUCGUGGUUCCUCUCCCCCCUGCUCUCAGGCAUGAUGUCUGCAGUUCUCUUUUACACUGUCCGAAAAUUCAUCCUAAAUAAGGAUGAUCCAAUGGUCAAUGGUUUAAGAGCCCUUCCAAUAUUCUAUGCUGUUACAAUGGGAAUUAAUCUUUUCUCCAUUAUGUUCACCGGAGCUCCUAUGCUUGGAUUUAACAAGGUGCCAUGGUGGGGGACACUCCUUAUUUCACUGGGUUGUGCUCUCCUCACUGCUGUGCUGGUGUGGUUUGUCGUAUGCCCACGCUUAAAGAAGAAAGUUAAAAGUGUAGUUACAUCUAAAAACUGUGAGGAAUCAUUGCUUGAAAAGGCUCCAACAGACACGUCAAGAAAACAUCCUGAGAAGUUGUGGUCCCAUUCUCCUGAUUCCCAGACGCUUGUGGAGAGAACAAAAGCAACUUUUGACAUUGGCGGCUCUGAAGACCCAGAGGCAGAAAACAAGGACUUGAAUGGAAUGGCAGUCUCACAGCUGCAGGGGAACCAUCUACCUGCAGCUCACAAAGACCCCGGCAUCUACAAGGACUUGCUGCAUAAGCUGCAUCGUGCUAAAGUGGGUGAAUGCAUAGGUGAGACUGGUGACAAGCCCAUUCGUCGAAACAACAGCUAUACUUCCUAUACUCUGGCCAUCUAUGGAAUCCACAGAUCUUUCAGUGAUGGAAGUUUGUCUGGAGAGGGUAGUGAGAAAAGACGCUCACGAGUGGACAGUUACAACAGUUACACCAGUUACACCAGUUACAACACAGCUCUCACAGAUGAAGACGCUGGUGGUGUUGGUGACAUGCCUGUAGAUCUGGGAGAUGAGGAAAAUGGAGAGAACCCUCUACAGGAAGAGGAAGUGGAUGAACUAGAGGUCGACAAGCCAGAGGUUUCCAUGCUUUUCAGGUUCCUGCAGAUUCUCACUGCCUGCUUCGGGUCUUUCGCACAUGGAGGGAAUGAUGUGAGCAAUGCAAUUGGUCCUUUGAUAGCGCUCUGGGUGGUGUAUAAAAAUGCCUCUGUAACAUCAAAUGCCCCAACACCCAUCUGGCUCCUCCUCUACGGGGGGCUGGGGAUAUGCAUGGGGCUGUGGGUUUGGGGCAGAAGGGUCAUUCAAACUAUGGGCAAAGAUCUGACACCCAUCACGCCGUCCAGUGGAUUCAGCAUUGAACUGGCCUCUGCUGUAACUGUAGUUGUUGCUUCAAACAUUGGACUCCCUGUCAGUACGACUCAUUGCAAGGUUGGAUCUGUCGUGGCUGUGGGGUGGCUUCGCUCCAGGAAAGCUGUUGACUGGCUUCUUUUUCGGAAUAUUUUUAUUGCCUGGUUUGUGACUGUGCCUAUAUCUGGUCUUAUAAGUGCUGCUGUUAUGGCAAUAUUCUAUUUUGCUAUUUUAUCUGUAAGUUAAAAGUCUACCUACAAUUAUUCUCAUGUUUUAAACAAGUGUUUCUGUCUGUCUUUUACAUGAACAAAUGUUAUGAUUUUCAGUUGUAUUUAAGUUAUUUUUACUGUGCAAAGUAUAAUUAAAUCAAUGCUUGUCCUUUGA